GCACGCACGACACGACAGAUAACGGCCCAGCUCUUGAUACAAACACAAGUCACGUUUGACGAAAUUACACAUCUUAGUCAUCGUUCAUCAUCUUUGACGCAUCUAUCACAACAACGAACUACGUAACGAAAAGGGUCUUGCAAAGAUCUGUGGCACGCUACGACACCUCAUACGACGACGCACGAUACACUCCUAUCGAUACUUUGACGCAUCUUCCACGCGCAUACGACCACCAUGCCACAGCGAUACCGCUACCGCAACUCCAACUCGGUCGUCUAUGACCGUGCCACCGCCGACUCUGGCGAUGCAUCAUCGUCGUCAGCACCUCUCGGAUCGUCCAGUGGCGGUGGAAGCCCGAGACGGCGUCGGCAUAUCCGCGAAGUCGAGUGGGCGACGGGGCGAGAGAUUUGGGAGCGCGUGCCAGGAAGCGAGGGCAUAGACAGGACCGAUGAGGACCGGGAAAGAGAGAGACGAGGAGAAGAGGAUAGAGAGGGAGAGGUGGAAACGGACAUAGGCUACGCAGACGAAGACGCAGACGACUCGCUCGUCCUCUCAGACCUCGUCCGCACGGGCGAGGCCUCGCGCCUCCGCAGGCGCGGCGCCAUCCUCCGCAUCGACCAUGCCCAUCGCGAGUCGCGCUCUUCGGCUGGCUCGGGGCCGGGCAUCCCAGGGCGUCGGACGUCGUAUGCACCUGCAGCGUCGAGCUUGCCCGGGGCGGACGCGGGCGCGGGGUCAGGAGGCGGAGGCAAUAGAGGGUUGUCGCGCUCGCCGACCUGGCUCCCGUUCGAGCGCGAGAGGGAGCGCGGCGGAACGGCGGGGAGUGCGAGUGCGUUCUUCAACUACGACUACGACGUCGAUUACGACGCGGUCCCGUACAACCUCACCGGUGGUCUACCCAACGAUGACCCCGACGGGGAGCUGUACGAUCCCAAUCCGGAGCUGGACCCGUCCACCAUCAAUCCUGCGUACAGCCCGGUGUUCCCAGGUCUGGAUCUCACGUACGCCCUCGAGCCAGAGGGAGAUGCGGACGCGGACGCGGCGUUUGACAUGGCAGCGCAGGCGCCCCCCAUGCCUGCGCCGGACGACAGCUACACGUACACGCUCACAUGCGGCGGACCGCUCCCUGCGGCAGAGGCGGAAGAGCUCGAGGACACGGACACGUUCGCGAGUGUGCAUGGGUGGGGGAAGAAAAGGGGGCCGUUUGUGCCUGCUAUCCUUCCGGACCAGGUGCCUUCGUCAUCGACGGCUUCGACAUCAUCGCACACACGCACGAAGAGAGCUAGGAGCACAGGCUGUGGCGCGGUACUGCACGUCGCAGCUGCGCCGCGCACGCGUGCGGGAGUGUGGGUUGCCCGGGCCGCUGCGACCUCCGCCGUCGGUGGCGUCGGAAGUGCGCACGCUGGCGCAGGCAGUGGACGCCGUGCGGUUGGGGGCUUGGGGCGCGUGAGGAGCGCCUGUGGGUGUAUACGAGAAGGAGUGGCUUGCGUGAUCUGUGGCAACGUCAUCGGCACGCGCUACCGCCCGUGCCAAGCAGCGAGCGAAGGCCUCUUCGCGAGCGCUGCGCGGCGUACACCCGGGAGCACGACGCACGGGGCGAGGCGCAUUCGCGCACCGGAGGGACCAGAGUAUUGGCAUGCAAGAGCGCCAUCGCCGUCGCCUUCUUCCUCCUCCUCAUCGACGGUCUCCUCAACGUCGACGCGGCCGGAGCUCGCGCAUCGCGUGACGAACAUACCGUAUUUCCCGACGUCGUCGGGCGCACAGUCCCCCGACGGCGACGGCGACGGCGACGAUGCGCAGGCGACACCGACACCGACGCUCGGUGGCGGAUGGAGUACAUCCAACACACAGCAAACAGGGGAAUCGCGCCAGACCCAGACCCAAACUCAGGCGCAGGCGCAGGCGCGGUCCCGCCCGCAGUACAUCUACACCUUCCUCGCGCGCUCUGUCUCGUCCUACCCGUCUCUCGACUUCCCGACGGCAUUGCAGACCCCGUCAACGCCGAUGUCGUCGUGGGCAGCUGCGGGCGCGGGUGUGGGUGCGGGUGCCGGAGUAGGGGCGGGACUGCGCGCGUCGGCGCCCGCGGGCGGGUGGGGGUUCACGUCGGAGUAUACGGCGCCUGAGCUGCUGCGCUAUGCGUCGGGGGACAGCUAUGGCGGGUACGAGAGCUGGUAUACGCCGCGCAGUGAUUUUGAGCGUGGGGGUGGUGGUGUGCCCGAGGGCGAGGGUGAGGAUGCGGCUGGGGUAGCGGGUGGGGCUGGGGUGUCGGGUGAGGCGGGGGAUAGGAGUGGGCGGAGUAGUGUGUAUGGUGGGACGGUGUAUCGGGGGAGGAUUGGGACGACGUAUGGGAGGCGGAGGCGGGUGGGCGACUGGGUGGGUGCAGAAGCGGAUGGGGUCGGAGAUGGGCUGGGAGAGAGGGGGGGUGGGCGAGCGAGGAGCAGGAGUGUGGGGAGUAACGGGACGAUCAUCAUUCCCGACCUGCAGGAGCGCGGGAGGGAGUAUCGCGUUCGCUCGGCGAGGUCGAGUCCUGAUCUUGAGAUCGGCGCGCGGGGACCGAACGGGACGGUUAUCGUUGGGAGCUUGUCCAGGCGCGGCUCGAUGGAGUUUGGGGAGUCGGCUAGAGGGCAGGUGGAAGAGCCGAGGCGGGAGGGCGCCGACGACGAAGACAGGACGCCGAUUAUCCCCCCGGAUGUGCUGCAACGGUUCAUGCGCCGGCCAGAGGACAGUCGUGAUCAUCGCCUCGAAGAUGUACGCUCAGAGGCGUUCUCUGAUCGAUCGCGUACCAAUUCGGUUGGCUCUUCGACGGGUGCGCUUGUCGGUGUUCCGCUUGAGCCGACGCCGCUCGCCAUUCGGGCUGUUGUGGAGCGUGUCACGGACGCAUCGACACUCGCGCUGCCUUACACCAAUACAAAUCCGCCACCCGGCGCCGACGGAGGUGGAGGUGGAGUUGAGAGCGAAAACGGAGACAGACCAGCUUGGGAGAAUAGCGCAGAGCAAGAACCAGACUCAAACUUGGACCGCGAACGAUGGAGUGAGCUGGUCGUUCAGCGCAUGCGCAGUCCUUCCAAUUCUGCGCCUGCUCCCGAUCCUAGACGGGCGUCGACAUCGCGCGACCGGUCGCAGGCACUACCGUUCUGGCCGCGCGUCGACAGCGCAAGCGACAUGAGCGACCUCGAGCUCGAACCAGAAUUAGGAUCAAGAACCACCGAGCCAGAGAUGGGCGCCGGCGUCUCGUGGCGCGAGCCGUUUCGUCGACGAGACAACCGAGAUGCGGGGCGCGAACGCGAACGAAGGGAUAGUCCCGGUCGCUCAUCCUCGCCUGCCCGCCGCCCUCUUCCCGCCCCGACCCCACCUCGCUCGUCGACGCUGAUCAUCAGGCGGAGCGUCGAGCUGCGCGAGCCUGCGCCUGUCCCUGUCCCUGCGGUCUCCGAUCCCAUGCCCGUCUCCGGCGUUGGUUCUGGACCCAGCGUUGGUGCCAGUCCUGGUGUCAACGGGGUCGGGGCGGGUGGACCGACGUCCUUGCUCGACCGCGGGAUCACGGCUUCCCCGAGCGAAUACGGCGACGUUCUCCUCCCGCGCACUGCGUCGCCCGCGCGCGAGUUCGCGUACCCGUAUUCGUACCCGUAUCGCGCCCGGCUCAAUGGCACAGGCACUGCACCAGAACCAGUACCAGCGCCAGCGACGCCGCGUGUGGGUUUUGGUGCGCGUGCAACCGCGGCGAGAACAGUACCGCGCGCGACGUCGACGUACGCGUCCGACUACACGUAUAUGCACGCAUACGACGAGACGACGUACGCGUCGGGGCCGGGGUACACCGCCGCGGGUGUGCGGCUCGACGCGGACGGGGACGUCGUGCCGCCCUCGUCCGGCGGCGGAUAUGGGUAUAGCGCAUCGAGGACCGUUUCGCGCUCGCCUUCUCGUUCGAGGUCGCCGACGAGGGCGCGGUGGCGCACGAAUACGAACGCGUAUGGUGUAUCUGGGGCGAGGUAUUUGAAUGCGGACGGUGAUGCGUACUCGGACGUCCCCACCGAGGUGGAUGGGGAUGGGGAUGGGGAUGGGGAGAUGGAUGCGGAUGGAGAUAAGGUCGAUCCGAGUCGGCCGAGGGUGGGUGUGAGGGUUGGUCUGCGCGUUGGCCGGGGGAGGGUUAUUUGGCCCGAGCGGUGAGGUUGGGCUGUGGAUUGUCGGGUUGCCAUGGGUUUUUGGUCCUUGGAUUGCAUUUCCCCUUUACCUCUCGAGAUCGAGCAUCCAGUCAGACCUCAUGUGCAUGUUUCAUGUUUUCGCCUCUCCAUUCUAUCCCAUUGUCACUUCCAUCCAUAAACUCCUCGGCUGACGGUUGACCCCGUCUCACUUCAUCGUCUCGAAACUGGCUCCACUCCAUCUCGCACUUGUUUUUCUCACAUCUCAUAUCUUAUAUCACGAUUGAUCUUGCUUCUCCAGUCGACUGUACCCCUACUCCUCUGCAGGUUGCUCUCGUCCAUUUGCUUUUUGGAUGCUGCUAUAAUCGUCGCUUUUGCUGUUUUUGUUUAAAGCUUUGUGGAUGGUUUUCCGUUGUAUAUGUGCGCACGUUCUAUUAAUCCAAGCGUUUCUG